AUGAAGGAAUCAUAUCCUGAUGACAUUAUGCUCUGUUUUGUACAAGGAUUCAGUGAUCGUGAUAGUGGAUAUAAUAAAAGUCGGGAGGGAGAAAAUUUCGUCGCUUCUGACAGUGCUAAUUUAGGAAAGAAAAAGCGCAGUAAAUCUUCUUUUAGAAACUCCUUGAACGGUGAAGCAAGUGGGAAAAAUGAAGUUGUAUUGCAUAGGAAGGACAACAUUAUCGCAAAGUCAUUUAGGGAUACUAGUAACAAGGUUCAAGUUGAAGUGAAGAGGAGCUUUAGUGACAGAUUUUCAGUUAUUAACGAUGCAGUUAUUAACGAUGCAGGUGGACGGAAGGUGCCAAAAGGAUUUUUGACCAUACGCAAAACUUGGUCAACCGGGAACUUCGCGGCGGGCGCGGCGGGUGGCGGGUGCGGGGCGCCUCGCUCCGCCCCCGCCACCCCGCUUCAGCUCGAGCCCCAUUCACGAUCUAAACAUGACAAAAAUGCAGUUAAGCCGUUGUCCGGAUCAGCGCCGUCAGUACGCGUAUCAGGGUUGGCGUCAGGCGACGAGGCGACCGAUGGAAAGCAGCCUAGCAAAUCCCGACAGAAGAAGUUCCAGAGGCAUUUCCCGCAGGUCGGGCCCGAAGAGAGAGUUCUGAACUACUACUCGUGCGCUUUAGUCGGUGACUUACUACUCCAGGGGCAUCUGUACAUAACGAAAAACUACUUCGCCUUCUACUCAAACGUUUUCGGCUAUGUAACUAAGCUGUUAAUACCGACGACGUCCGUCCUUCGCAUAACGAAAGAGAAGGUGGCGCGUAUAAUACCAAACGCGGUGGGCGUAUGCACGCGCGACGAGCGUCACGUGUUCGGCUCGUUGCUGUCGCGCGACUCCACCUACAAGCUGAUGAUGCACGUGUGGAAGUCGACCCGGGUGCCCGAGCUAGCUGUGCCCGAACCACCGGAUCUCGGAAGGAGUUCGGAAGUAGAAGCGUCGGAAUACUCUCCGGAGGACGACAGCAGUUCUGGCGGAGCGGACCACAUCGACGCGCCCACGGCACCCGUCAGACCAGAGCCCGAUGCUAUUAUAGCAGCUGCGAGCGCGGCAGUGAUCCAACCCGCGUUGCUGACGGGUUCGGCACCGCCUCGCCGCGCGCCACGAUGUACACACGCACUGCUUCUGGCGUUCGUCGUGUUACUCACCUGUUCCGCGGCGUACUUCGCGUACCGACUGUUCCAUUGCUGCGAUACUCAUUCGAGUUCUGCGUCCGGUGAGGAGUUGUACUCAGAGUUAGUACGGUGGCGUGCUAGGUUGCACGGUCGAGCCGCUUCCGAACUGCACGCCUUCCUCUCCACCAACCUGUUGCUACUCACCAAGGUGAGACAGUCACUAGAAGCACUGUCUGGCGUGAUACUAACAGACAUGGCGCAGGGAGCCGACAUCAACAUAGACGUGCCCAACGACACGGUCUUUAGUUAACGCGCUCUCACGCAAGUGAAGUGAGAGAGAAGUGAGAGUGAAGUGAACGACUGAGUGCGUUGAACAGUGAGUGGAGUGAACGGACCAGUGAUAUUUAACUAGUGCAUUUUUAGUUUCUCUGUGAUUAUGUUUUAAUGGCAUUUUUUUACGAAAACAUCCGAGUUAGUACCUGCUUCGUACGUCGCUCUAGUUUGUUCUUUCUGUCACAGUUUAGUUAGCAUACAGUUGGACAUCGAAUGUUUGAAACUGUCUGGCUGGGUAACAUACAAUGGAAUAUGUAAUCGACCUGCCUGGCAUUCCCAGGUAUAGCAGGCAUUUAGUAAGUUAAAAGCAUUAACUUAGGCAGCUAAGCAAUGCGAGAGGCUUAAGUUAAGGUCUGAAACAAUGUUCAAUUGAAACUAUAUCUGGUUAGGUAAAUGAAUUUACCUAACCAGAUAUAGUUCUGUCCUUCUCGCAAUGUUUCGUUUCCCAAAGCAAGCUAAACUGAGAAACAAUUUGUCCUUUUCCUAAGGCAUAAGCUGCCAGCUGAUGCAUCCUUUUACAAAACCAAUCGUACUUUUGUUAGAAAUACAUAAAUGCCGUCGUUAGCGAAUUAAGUCUUAAACAAGGCUUUUUCCAACUGUAUGAUUGUUAAAUUGUACUUCUAUCCUCGCGGUUUGCGUACUGUGAUUAUUAUAUGUUGAGUUAGUACUUUAUAUUCUAAAGCUUUGGGUUUUAUAUUCAUAUUAUCUUUUCUGUACAAAUAACAUUACAUGCAACACACAUUUUAUACGAGAAAAAAUGCGAUACUAAUUUCAGACGCUUUAUUCAAGAAAUUAAUAUUCUAACCCACUAUAAUAACCCACGAACCGGCAUUAGACCAGCGUGUUGGGUUGUAUAUCCGGUAUAUCCGGUAUCCGAUCCUCUUAAGACAGUUGUGCCCCAGGAGUGAGGCGUUUAAUAUAUCUCUCACGCUUAUGAGGUUUAUCAUUUUUAUUGAUUAUUUCUUUCAUAAUAAUAACAGAAGAUUAUACUCUAUGAAUUUAGCGUACUGAAAUAUUCCAAAGAUUUAUUGUGAAAACAAAAAAAAAGAAAUUGAUAUAGAUUUGGUUUUUAAAACAACUGCUUCAAAAUGAUUUAAAUUAUAUUCAUUCAUUCAUUCAUUCAUUCAUUCAAUUUCAUAUAAAUAUUCCAUAUUAAUAUGUUGUACCGAAAAGCUACUGUGAGGGUUCACCCGAAGGUUUAUAAAGUUAAUUUAGUGUUUAUCCAAAGAAAACUCUGAUUUAAAUUGUGAUUUUGUAUAUAAGAGCAAGUCGAAACCAUUUAAAGAGCCUAUAAGGCGACGCUAGGUCUUAUUGAAUGUGUAAAACACGAUAGGUUAAGGGAGACAGACCGAUAGGUUCUGAGGAUAGAAUUGUAUGUAUUGAAUUUGGCCCAAAUACGUAUACAAUGAAGAAAGUUACCUAUUUAAGUUUUUCGUUUUUUUUUCUAGCGCUUACAUAUUACCUAAAAACCUGCAAAUUUGAUUUCAAAUCGGUUAUGAAGCAUUUAUUUUGUGUUUCGAUAAUCGAAAACGAUUUUAGGAUUGACUACUGUAUUUAUUCUAUGUCUGUGGCAUUUGUGGUUUAAACAUAAGCAAAUAAAAAGAAAUGGUAAAAAUGUAAGCAAUUUGCGUGUUUAAAGUAAAGAACACUUGGUCUGUCUAUACCGUCUCUUUUCUCUUGCUUAUAUUAAUUAUCUCUUUUUUGGCAUUUGUCUAUAUACAGUGUAACUUAGGUGAGAAAAUCAGGUCAGGUCAAUUGAGAUAUAGAUCAAACAAAAACCGUAGUAGCGGUGACAGGAUUAAAUUAAGCAGCAUGUUUAUAGUUAGACACUUUUAAUAUGUGUUUGAAACAUUCCUAAAAAAAUUCAUAGUAAGCUGGUUUAGAGCCUAUAAAAUAAAAACUACUCCAAAUCCUAUAAUAGCUUUUCCAAAGUGGUUAUUUGGAAAUAUCAUACCUUUUUGGUUUUCAAAUUACCCAAAAACCUCAUAAUUUUUAAUAAAAAAUGCGACAAUACGAUUUUAAUUAUUAAGAGAAAAAAAAAAACAAUGCUCUGAGUCUAUGGUUUUAUAAUGAUAACAGAUAACUCGAGAUUUAAUAUCGAUUGUAUCUUGCCAAUACAAUGUAGUAUAGGAUAACACGCAACAUAGAUCCAAGAGUAGGUGCAAAUGUUGGUGCCAAUUUACUUGUACACAAACCCUAUAUUUAAUUCGACUUAAUAUAUUGCUGUCCUUUUUAAACUAUAACCGUUAAAAAAGGACAGCGCUUCUAAGAUCUUAGUUAAGGGUUUGUGUGCGAUAUAAUUUAGGGCAGUUGUAGUGCUGUUAUUAGUACAUUUACUUUUAAGUAUCCAAACGAAGUUAAGGUGAGCAUUUGAAUAGAGAGUUACGUGUCUUUUCUUUAUAUGAAUGUGUCCAAUUUAAAUUGUAUCCUUAAUUAAAAAAAUAUAUAUAUUUGUAGCUGCACUUCAUGAUAUAAAAUUAUAAUGUACUGGAAUACUAAUGGUACAAUGCAUAAAACUACAUAUUUCCAACAGUAAACUCUUAACAUCG